AUGGUUAAAGACACAAAAUUCUAUGAUACUUUAGGAGUAUCACCACAAGCAAGUGACAAUGAAUUAAAGAAAGCUUAUAGAAAAGCCGCAUUGAAAUAUCAUCCUGAUAAAAACCCAAGUCCAGAAGCUGCCGAAAAAUUCAAGGAAAUUUCUCAUGCUUAUGAAAUAUUAUCAGAUGAUCAAAAGAGAGAGAUCUAUGAUCAAUACGGAGAAGAAGGAUUAAGUGGUGCUGGUGCCGGUGGACCUGGUAUGAAUGCGGAAGAUAUCUUUUCUCAAUUCUUUGGUGGAGGAUUUGGUCACGGUGGUGGACCACAACGUCCAACUAGAGGUAAAGAUAUUAAACAUUCUAUUUCUUGUACUUUGGAAGAAUUAUAUAAAGGAAAGACUACCAAAUUGGCUCUUAAUAAGACUAUCUUAUGUACCAACUGUAAGGGGUUAGGUGGUGCUGAAGGUAAAGUUCAUAAAUGUACUGAUUGUCAUGGUAGUGGUAUGAGAUUUGUAACUAGACAAAUGGGUCCAAUGAUUCAAAGAUUCCAAACUGUUUGUGAUAAAUGUCAAGGUACUGGUGAUAUCUGUAAUCCAAAGGAUCGUUGUACUCAUUGUAAGGGUAAAAAGACUCAAUCGGAAAGAAAAAUCUUACAAGUUCAUAUCGAUCCAGGUAUGAAAGAUGGUCAAAGAAUUGUCUUCAGUGGUGAAGGUGAUCAAGAACCAGGUAUCACUCCUGGCGAUGUUGUGUUUGUCGUUGACGAAAAGCCUCAUCCUAAAUUCACAAGAAAGGGUAACGAUUUAUAUUAUGAAGCUGAAGUUGAUUUAUUAAGUGCUUUAGCAGGAGGUGAAAUCGCAUUUAAACAUAUUUCUGGUGAUUGGAUCAAAAUCAAUAUCGUUCCUGGUGAAGUCAUUUCUCCUGGUGAAGUUAAAGUAGUUGAAAGUCAAGGUAUGCCAAUAUAUAGACAAGGUGGUAGAGGUAAUUUAUUUAUUAAAUUCACCGUUAAAUUUCCAGAAGCUAAUUUCACAACUGAAGAUAAAUUGGCUAAAUUGGCUACUAUCUUACCUCCAAGAGCUAAGGUUAGUAUUCCAGCUGAUGCUGAAGUUGAUGAAUGUGACAUGGUUAAUUUCAACCCUGCUUUACAUCAAAAUACUAGAAGAGAUGCAUAUGAAUCAGAUGAUGAAGAAGGUGGUCACCCAGGUGUCCAAUGUGCUUCUCAAUAG